AGCGGGUUGUGCGAGCAGCCCCUAAUUGAAGUUGGCGCUAGGGUUUCAUUUUGUUAUCCUCUCCGUCCCUCACUCCCCACUCUGCUUCUUCACAUUUUCAGAGAGCGUUUUCUACUUUUGAACCCUGCUCAUACUUUCCUGAUCGGAAAUCCUUAUAUUCGUUAUCCUCACUGUUGGCGCUGAGCGAUUAAUUUUCAUUUCCAGCUGAAUCAGAAAUUUUUGGCAUGAUUUGUUUAUUUCUCGUCAGAGAUGAAUGUCGAAAAAUUAAUGAAGAUGGCCGGUUCGGUCAGAACUGGUGGGAAGGGUACAAUGAGAAGAAAGAAGAAGGCUGUACACAAGACGACCACCACAGAUGACAAGAGACUUCAAAGUACGUUAAAGAGAAUUGGAGUGAAUUCCAUACCUGCAAUCGAGGAAGUCAAUAUUUUCAAGGAAGAUGUGGUUAUACAAUUUGUCAACCCGAAAGUGCAAGCAUCUGUUGCAGCCAACACCUGGGUUGUUAGUGGCACUCCUCAGAACAAGAAAUUGCAAGACAUUCUUCCUCAAAUUAUCAACCAGUUGGGUCCGGAUAACUUGGAGAAUUUGAAAAAGUUAGCAGAACAAUUCCAGAAGCAGGCACCGGCUGCUAGCUCUGGUGCAGCAGAAGACGAUGAUGACGAUGUACCAGAACUCGUAGCUGGUGAGACCUUUGAAGCUGCUGCGGAGGAAGGACAGACCCAGACCUCCUAAGGAUUAUGUUUUCCAGUUUUGAAUCGUUGCGUUAUAUUUUCCUUGUUUCCUUUGUCUAUGUCAACGAUUAAUAACUCCUCAACUGCUUUCUCUUUGGUGAUUGGCUUUAUAUUUUGCAGUAGAAGUAAAUGAGACUCUUUGCAGAAGUCUUUCUAUUAACUUUAUAUCAUUUCUUAUCGUAAAAAAUACUCUCUUUCAACCAA